AUGACAUCGAAAAUACGAUGGUCGGAGAAGUACAUGUCACUCUUCAACGAGCUCACAACAAACCGAUUAAUCCAAGACGACGUGAUCUCUUCGAAAAUCAAUGACCUCAUAUUUAUUGUUUUGAGAGAUUUACGAGGAGAGGGUGUCAUCGCAUUUGUUGAAGAAGUCUCAAUUGGACUCAUCGACAAAGUCAAACGACCAGACACUACUCUCAAACAACUUUUAGCUGUUAUCACAACAGUCGACCUCAUUAUAUCAAGUGAAAUAGAUGAUACAUACCCAAGAACUUACGCAAAGGAAAUCAUCGACAUGCUCUUGAAAAUGAAAUAUCCCGUGGUCAUAUUGCACGCUGUCCGUCUUUUGGGCAAAAUAUCUAAAAUAGUCCCCCACGACGUAGUGGAGAUGGAACUAGACAACGCCUGCUUCUUUUUGGAAAACGAGCCAAAGACGACUGGUGCGAUGAUGAUGUACCAAAUCGCAACGAACAACGAGGUCGUUUGCUUUAUGAAUCAAACCAAAUUGGUGAAUGCGCUGACUAAUGUGAUGUAUGACAAGAAUAUACAAUCCCGUUUGGAAGCACAAAAGGCGUUUGGCAUAUUGUUAAGACUCUUCACAUCGAAAGAGGCGGAGGGGUAUGAUGUGACUCGACUGUACACACAAGCCAUCCUUCAUUUGAAAAGAGUGAAUGUCCCGGAAUUACAACAUGGUGCUAUUUUAGUACUUACAUCACUACUUCACAACUGUAAGGACUUCACUAAGGACAAGUACAAGGACAUCAUUGGGCUCUUUUUAAGUUGUAAAGAGACCAAAAAUGCUAUGAUUAAAAAGGCUCUUAUUCAAGCUCUUCCCGAGUUUGCGAGCUUCGACGCAUCACAGUUUGCACCAAAGAACGAAGCCGUUGCUGAGAUCUAUUCCAGAGACGCGAGGUCCAGUUUGGAGUUUUCCACGGAAGAGAGUGUUGAGCUGAGAAGAGUCAAGACGAAAGAGCCUUUUGAUAGAAUUAUUACUUAUUUAAUAACCACUCUCAAAACGUUUCCAGAAAGAGGUGUGAUCUUUAAGGCCAUUGGGGAUAUAACUAAAGAGGUCAAAGUGGAGAUGUAUCCAUUCUUAGAGACCAUCUUUGCUCAAAUCAUGAUAGUUAUUAAUGGAAAGGAUAAGAACCUUGACGCGAGUAAUUCAGUUAUGUACUGUAUGCAACAAUUAAUCGAGUAUGUCCCAGUCCCAAGAACAUUUACUUUAUUCUAUCAAGUCUUCACAAGUUUACUCGACAAUGGACUAACAGCUCAUUUGGUGUCAUUAGCUAAGAAAGCUUUGGAGGCAAGCACUAAUGGACUUUACAAGCACCAAAUUCAGAAGAUGCUACUGGACAUCAUCUGUGGGAUAUUAUUGGGGAAGUCGUAUGUCCCAUUUGGAGCGCCAGAACACUUGACUAUGUUUUAUAAGAAUCUCCCACCUAAAGUCGAGAACCCGGAGCAAAUACAACUUGCACUAAACACACUGCACACCUUCAAAUUCAAACACAACAUUAUUGAGGUUGUCAAGGAAUGUAUAAUGAAAUACAUAGAUAACGAAAAUGAAGAUAUUAGAAAGGAGGCGGCGAUGCUCACUCGAGAGGUAUUGCCACAGAUGGAUAUUGUGAAAGAUAAUAAGAAAAUUAUAUCGACGUUACACGUGACCGACGUUUUGGAGAAAUUGCUCGAACACGCUUUAAGCGAUGGGAACACCGAAAUUCGAUUGACUGUGUUACAGAUGCUGGACGAAAGGUUCGACAAUUUCUUGGCGCAAUCAAAGAAGAUUAAGAUCAUGUUUAUCAUCUUAAACGACGAAAACUUGAAAAUACGAGAAAGAGCGAUUUGUAUAAUAGGAAGGCUGACUAAGUACAACCCAGCCUUUGUGAUGCCGUCAUACAGAAUAACUAUUAUCAACUUAUUAACACAACUGAAAUACUCAUCAGACUUGAAAAUAAACGAGGAGGCGUCUUUGAUGAUAGGAAUCCUUGUAAAAUCUUCCAAAAAACUGAUACAACCAUAUAUAGUUCCACUAAUGGAGGACUUACUCCCAAAGCUCGAGGAGUCGAUCCAAAAGUCGUACGGAGACACUUGCAUUUAUUUACUCAAUGCAAUUGGCGAUUUAACAACAACAGGUGGCGAUUUGAGGGCAUAUGUCAAACGACUGAUGAAGUGCAUUUUGACAGUCUUGUCGGACAAAGGCAACUCUCUUAAAAAGAGUGAACGAAGAGAGUCGAGUCUGAUAGCUCUAGGAAAACUCACAAGAAGUAUUGGGUAUGUCGUCCAGCCAUAUUACGACUACCCUGAAUUACUGGGACUCUUGCUCGAACUUGCAAAUAGUGAAAGGAACGAAACAAUCAAAUUGGAACUGAUUAAAGUGUUUGGGAUCAUCGGUGCUAUCGACACGUACCGAUAUAAAUUGUUAACGGAAAAGGAUAACGCAAAUAACAGCGAUGACAACGACCCGACGGAAUCCAUGUUACCAAAAACAUCGCCGGGGAGUGAGGAAUUCUACACACUGACCGUGUUGGGACUUCUCUUUAAAAUUCUCCAAGACAACAACUUAGUCCUUGGCCACGUACAAACACUCGAGACGUUCAUAGAAGUGAUACUUUACUUCAAUACAAAGAGUCUUCCCUUCAUCCCACAAAUCCUUGCAAUUUAUUUGAAGCUCUUCAAAACAUGUCUGCCUGGGGUGAGACCAGCACUGAUUAAAGGAUUGGCAAAAAUGAUGUGUUUAAUAAAGAAGAACAUCAGAGAGUAUUUACCCGAAAUUUUCUCGUUGAUUCAAGAAUGUUGGGACGACACUACAAUGCUGUCGAUCUUAUCUUUGGUGUGCGAGAUAUCAAAGGUUAUGCUGGACGAAUAUAAGGCGUAUAUGCCUAAGAUACUCUCCCUUAUUUUGGCUGAACUGAACAAGUACGUCUUCGAUCAAAACAGUUUUGUAUUUGAAAAUGUGAUCAACUCCAUUGUGGUCUUAUCAGAGAACUUGGACUUUGCGGACUAUUUACACCUUGUUAUUCCAGUAUUUGCCGAUUUGGUGAGCGAGCAAGUGCAUUACUCUAUUGUACUCCCAACACUGAGAGCAUUGUACAAGUUUUUACAACACGUUGAUGCAGAGGAGUUCAUUAGUCGCUUAGUUCUACCACUCACCCGAUUACUCCCAAACGAAAUUUUACGCGACCCAACAAUGGACGUAUUCUGUAGUAUGGGGGAACGUCUUGGGAAACCCUUUUUGAUAUAUCGACAAACCAUCUCUAAUGUCUUAGAUAGGACAUGUCCAAAGUACAUUCACAUAAGGUACCAAACUUUAAUGAUAAGGUUGGAUGGAAUACCCGAUGGACCGGUGUUGAGUAUCGAUGAAAACGACAGGCAGAACGUUACAAUCUCAGAAGACCUUCAUUCCCAAGUAACAAAAUUCAAUCAGAUACAAGAGGAAGACACUCUCACAAAAGACCUCACGAAAAUUGUGAUAACAUGGGACACUUACAAACAACGAAAAACAAAGGAAGACUGGUUGGACUGGGCGAAGCAAGUCGAAAUCAUUUUUUUGAAAGAAAGCCCUAUUCACUCGCUGAGCUUCUGCCAUUCACUUUCGACAGACCACCCGCCUCUUGCGCGUGAUUUGUUCAACUUCGCGUUCUUUGCGUCGUGGGAAGAGUCACCGGAGAAUACUAAAAAGCUUGUGCAGUGUCUCAAAGCUGUUUUCCAAUACCCCUCGACACCACAUGAGAUUCUACAAAUACUUCUCAACUUGUGUGAAUUUAUUGAAAGAGAGGGGAUCAAAGUGCCGAUCAACUCACUUGGGACAUACGCGAAACGGUGUAACGCUUAUGCCAAAGCACUUCAUUACAAAGAAAUGGAGUUCCAUGACACUCCAAAAAUUGAGUACAUUGAGGAAUUGAUUGGACUGAACAACCAAUUACAGAACUAUGAUGCUGCGGCUGGGCUCAUAGAGUAUACAAAAAGUUUCAAAGGCGGCAACGACGAGACUGAAUUGAAUCAGACGUGGUUUGAGAAGCUUGGGAGAUGGCAACAGGCGCUGAACAUUUAUGAAAAGAAGUUGAAGGAUGACGGGAUGAAUGGGGACUUUCUUGUUGGGAAAUUGAAUUGCUUGUAUCAACUUGGGGAUUGGGAAGAGUUGGAAGAGUCUGCAAAAACAAUAUGGGAAUCUGGCAAUGAAAAUGUGAUUGAAACUGCAAGACCGCUUUAUGCUGCCGCUUUGUGGUAUUUGGACAGAUGGGACGACUUUGGGAAAAUUGUCGUUGAGAUGACAGACAACACCUUUGACACCAAUUUCUUUAGAAUUAUUAACUCAAUCAACAAAGGCGAAUUCACACGGGCGAAUGACUUCAUUGGGAAAGAGAGGGAGUUGCUUGACGCGGAGUUAUCUGCACUAGCAGGAGAGUGCUAUGAACGAGCUUAUCUGACUGUUGCUCGGUCGCAGAUGCUAGCAGAGCUUGAGGAAGUUAUCAUGUUCAAAGAAGGGAUGUACAACGAAGACACGAAAAGUAUAUUGAAAAGCGCAUGGACGGAGAAAUUGGUGAAUGCAAAAGAGGACGUUUCUAUAUGGCAGAAGCUCUUGAAAAUCCACAGCUUUGUCUUAAACGAAACGGAGAACAGUGAUUGUUGGAUCAAAUACACUGGACUGUGUUAUAACAAUGGGAUGACGCGAUUGGCCAUGAAAACACUUGACAGACUUGCUGGAGUUCCUCUGCGUGACCAACUCGAUGAAUUACCAGCCGCCAAGCUCCGUGUUGGAGUUCAAUAUUUGAAGUUAGAAUGGAAAGAAGCAAAAGACUUAGACAGUAGAACACGGAUACUUGACAAACUUAGUUGCUUUGAAAAGCUUGUAGAAACGCGGCGGAGUGAUGACAUAGCCUUAAAGGCGGAUGUGUUUUCUAAAUUGGGGGAGUGGAGUCUAUAUAUAGCACAAAAUUCGAAUUCAUUUAAUUACGAGACUAUACCACAGAUAUUGCAAUACUACCACGCGACUGUACAAUACGACACAGAGAACUUUGCGUAUUGGCACAGUUGGGCAUUGGUAAAUUUUGAGGUGGUCAACUUCAUAGAAAAUGGCGCCGACAUGUCCGAGGAGACCCUUGUUGAAUACCUUCGAGUGUCGAUUGAAGGGUUUGUGAAGUCGUUGAUCUUAGCGAAGAAUUCACAAACGCUUCAAGACACAUUAAGACUCCUCACGAUUUUAUUUAAAUAUGGGAAGUACCAAGAAGUAGAAGAGGCAAUAGUCGAUGGUAUUCGAACACUUCCGGUCGACAUCUGGCUUCAUGUCAUCCCACAGAUCAUUGCAAGAAUACAGUCCACUGCAUCUGUCAAGCGAGUGAUGAUCGAUUUGUUGACUUUUAUUGGGAAGAAACAUCCACAAGCACUUGUCUAUCCACUCACUGUUGCUUCCAAGUCCCCAUCAUAUGACCGUCGUAAAACGGCGAUGUCUGUCAUUGAAAAGAUUCGCGCGGACUCGGGACAUUUGGUCGAACAAGCACUUUUACUUGGAGAGGAAUUAGUCCGAGUCGCUGUUUUAUGGCAUGAGUCUUGGCACGAAGCAUUAGAAGAAGCAAGCAGAGAGUUCUAUAUAAACCACGACUUCAACGCGAUGUUAUCCUUAUUACAACCGCUCUACGAGAAGCUUGAGAAAGGUGGCGAGACACAACAUGAGCGAGGGUUCCUUCAAUCGUACGGAAAAGAUCUGAAAGAGGCAUAUGAGUUUUGUUUGCGCUUUAAAGCAAAGAACAGGACGGCGACGGACAAGGACAGUGAUAUUGAAGAUGCGUGGGAAAUCUACUUCAAAAUCUACAAACGGAUUCACAAAUCUAUCAAUUCCGUCUCCGUCUUGGAGUUGCCACAAGUCUCCCCAAGAUUAAUGGAAGCAAGAGAUAUGGACAUUGCAGUGCCUGGGACAUACAAAGCACAGAACAUUAACAACAUCACACGCAUCAAAAGCAUCGUCCCUGUGCUCGAUAUCAUCCCUUCAAAACAACGUCCAAGGAAGUUAACAAUAGUCGGGUCGAAUGGGGUUGAGUACAAAUUCUGUUUGAAAGGGCAUGAAGACUUGAGACAGGACGAGAGAGUGAUGCAAUUCUUUGGACUUGUUAAUGACUUGUUAGCGUCGAGCCCAUACACUUCAACACACCAUUUGAAUAUUCUGUGCUAUGAAGUGAUUCCAUUGAGUACAAUGAGUGGGUUGAUAGGGUGGGUGCCACAUUCUGACACAUUCCAUCAACUCAUUAAAGAGUACCGAGAGAUGCAUGAUAUCCCCGUUGAUUUGGAAAAGAAGGUCAUCACGAAAAUGGCACCACAUUUUGACGAUUUACCAUACUUACAGAAGGUUGAAAUAUUCGAUGCGGUACUCAAAGAGUCGCCUGGAAUGGAUUUGGCAAACAUUUUGUGGCUCAAGAGUGUUUCUUCAGAGGCAUGGAUGGAACGACGAACGAAUUUCACACGAAGUGUUGCACUCAUGUCAAUGGUUGGGUACAUCUUGGGCCUUGGAGAUCGCCACCCAUCAAAUCUGAUGUUACAGAGAUACACUGGGAAUGUCGUCCACAUCGACUUUGGCGACUGUUUUGAAGUUGCAAUUCAACGAGAGAAGUUCCCUGAGCGAAUACCAUUUCGAUUGACACGAAUGAUCGUGAACGCAAUGGAUGUCAGUGGGAUCGAAGGGACAUUUAGAAUUACAUGUGAGGCGGUGAUGAAAGUGCUGCGAAUGAAUAAAGACAGUUUAAUGGCGGUGUUAGAAGCGUUUGUGUAUGAUCCAUUGAUUGUCAAAAUAUUUGGAGGGAAAGACAGUGAAGGGGGAGAGGAAGCAAACACCACAAAUGUUAAUAACACUGGAGACGACAGUUCUAUUAAAGAUAAGGCGGGGAGUGUUGUAAAGAGAGUCCUUGAGAAGUUGACUGGAAAGGAUUUUGGGAAUGAAAUUGGAUUGAACGUCAGUGAACAAGUCGACAGAUUGAUCAAAGAAGCAAUUUCACACGAGAAUUUAAGUCAGUCAUACCAGGGGUGGUGCCCAUGGUGGUGA